AAUCUGUGGUUCUUAACGCCUUUGCUUGACGCAUCGUGGGACGCGUUUAUUUGCGCUGUAUAAUUUAGUUUUCAUAUUUGUUUCCUAGAAUUAGCGCUUGAUAAUGUCGGGCAUAGCUAGCGCUCGUCUAGCUGAAGAGAGAAAAGCUUGGCGCAAGGACCAUCCCUUUGGUUUCGUCGCCCGACCUAUGAAAAAUCCUGAUGGGUCUCUUAAUCUCAUGACUUGGGAAUGUGCGAUUCCUGGCAAAAAGGGGACACCGUGGGAGGGUGGAUUGUAUAAGCUACGUAUGAUUUUUAAAGAUGAUUAUCCAUCAAGUCCACCAAAAUGUAAAUUCGAACCGCCACUGUUUCAUCCUAAUGUGUACCCUUCAGGCACAGUUUGCUUAUCACUCCUUGACGAGGAAAAAGAUUGGCGUCCAGCCAUAACAAUUAAACAAAUUCUUCUUGGUAUUCAAGACCUGCUUAAUGAACCUAAUGUGAAGGACCCUGCACAGGCAGAAGCGUACACAAUCUACUGCCAAAAUCGACUAGAAUAUGAUAAGAGAGUGAGAGCACAAGCUCGUGCUAUGGCUGCAACGGAGUGAAGGAGGCACAUUCCUUACAGCCUUGGUAUCCAGAGACCAUCUUAGUAGCAGGAUCAUAAUUCCAUUUAUGAAUAUUUUAGAUACACAAUAUCAAUGUUUCUAAAAAAUAUCUGCUACUAAGUUGGUUUUUGAAGGAGAUUAAUCAUAAGUAGUGUUAAUGUAUUUACUGUUAUGAGACACAAUUUCAUUAAAUACGUUGACAAAGUGUAUUAAAUAUGUAAAAUGAAACUACUCGAACAUUCUUUGUAAAUGUUUUUAAAAACUAUUUGUAAGUACUACUUGCUUAAAACAUUCUAGCAUUAAUAAUUUUUUUAAGUAUUUUAUUUAUUUCGAAAAUAUCAUUGGAACUUUUACAUAUGAUAAACUUCAAAUAAGUAAAGAAUAAUUAAAAUAAACACUGGUUAUGUGUGCGGCUGUUGAAAAUGCUGUUGAAAUCACAUUUUAAGUUUUUGUGCAGUUAAUACAAUACAAUACAAAUUUUAGUUUAGUUUACAAAGUUAACUUUGUAAACUUGUAGUAUGUCCAUCUCUUGCAAAAGAAUCUUACAUUAUAAUUUUAAUCUAUUUUUGUAUUUUUAUGUUAGAUUUGUCAAACAAUAAAGAAUAAAAUUGAAAUAUA